UUUCUCUUCUUCCUUUUCACAAUAUCAUUAGUUGACACAAAAAUCAAACUAUAUGUGGGAUAAACAAUGGAUGAAUCAUGGGAAAAAUGGUUUUCUGAUUUGGAAAUGGAUGAUGAUGAGUUGCAUUUAUUCAAUGAACACAACAUGAACUCUCUUGAGGAAGAAUUGAUGAAGAUAGAGAGUUCAGUGCCUUAUUAUGAUUCAUAUUUUGCUAACAGCAGCAGCAGCAACAACAACAACAUGGGUAAUGGUUCAUGUUUGGAAAGGAACACACAACAUGCGAAUUCUAAUUCGGAGAAGAACCAAAUGGUUAUUACACCUUGCACUCUCUCUUUUGAGGACUCCACUGUGGUGUCAAAUGUUCCUGAUGAAUCAUUUCAUGCAAAGCCUGAGAAGAGAAGAAGCAUUUCUCAGACGUCAAAACACAUAAUGGUUGAGAGGAAGAGGAGAGAGAAAAUCAGUACUUUGUUGAUAGAACUUUCCGCCAUGCUUCCUGGUUUGAAAAAGAUGGACAAGUUAUCUAUUAUUAGCAAAACCAUUGAUUAUGUGAAGUAUCUACAGAAUCGUAUAAAAGAUUUGCAGGAAGUAAACAAUAAGAGAGGAUCUAUAAAGUACUGCAAAAACAACAACACCAAUGUUAACAUUUCAGAGAACUCAAACGAUUUAGAUUCUACCUUUCUCAAAAUUGAUUCAAGUGUUUCAGGUAAAGAUGUAAGAAUCUCUGUUAUUUGUGAGAAACGAGAACAAAUUGUAUCAGAGCUAUUGUCCAAGCUUGCAUCUCACAAUCUCUCCAUGGUUUGUAGCAGUGUUUUGCCACUGGGGAGUUCUAUUCUGAACAUUUCUAUCAUUUGCAAGGUGGAACAGUGCAGCAUGGCAAUAGAUGAACUAGUGAAAAGUUUAUAUGAGGAUUUAUUGAAAUUGUAUAAGUUGCAAAAUUAAUGUGUAUUUCUAGAAGUUAAAAAACUUACCUUCAUGUCCAUGCAAACUUCUUUGUAUUAUC